CUGCUUCACCAUUCUCAUCGCAAUUCACAAACUCUUUUUUGAUCAAUAGAUUCCUAAUCUUUUCCUAAGAAAAAAAAUCAUGUCUUGCUGUGGAGGAAGCUGUGGCUGUGGAUCUGGCUGCAAAUGCGGCAGUGGCUGCGGAGGAUGUGGGAUGUAUCCCGACUUGGAGAAUACCACCACCUUUACCAUCAUUGAGGGAGUUGCACCUAUGAAGAACUAUGAGGGAUCUGCUGAGAAAGCAACAGAAGGAGGAAAUGGCUGCAAGUGUGGAGCAAACUGCAAAUGUGACCCUUGCAACUGCUGAUGAACAUGGUCACUAGCUGGCCCAAAAAUAUACUAUGUGUUUUAAAAGCUUUGUAGUAUUAAUAAGACUACAACCAUGAAACUGACCAUCUCCAAAUCUUUUAGAUAAGGUUUGUUUGAUGUUGUUUCAUGGUUUUUCUGUUUGGUUUUAUAAUCUGAUAUUUGUAUGAAAGGAAGCUGAUUUGGUCUGUAACACGAACUUAUCAAUAUAUAGAAUACAAGUUGGCUUCUCCUUU